AUGAUGGAUAAUGUGUCUGUAGUUUCUACGUUGACUCUGUCAGGGUUCAAUGGCACGGCGAGCUACCGGGUCACUCUCUUUGCUCUCACUCUGUUGUGUUACUGUGUGAUUUGGCUGGUAAAUGUGACGAUUAUUGUGACAAUCAUUGUGGAUAAAGCCCUUCAUGAGCCCAUGUACAUCUUCCUUUGUAAUCUGUGCAUCAACGGACUGUAUGGGACUGCAGGAUUUUAUCCAAAAUUACUCAGUGAUCUUUUGUCUCCCACUCAUGUCAUCUCUUACACUGGAUGUCUUGUGCAGGGGUUUGUGUUGCACUCUUCAGCUUGUGCAGAUUUCUCGAUUCUUGUACUGAUGGCCUAUGACCGAUAUGUGGCUAUAUGUCGACCUCUUGUUUACCACUCUGUGAUGACGAAGGAAAAAAUUGGCAUCUUUGUGUUUUUUGCUUGGCUUGUACCUAUUUAUCUGGUGCUGAUGAGCACAAUAACAACAUCAUUAUCAAGCUUAUGCGGCUCACAUAUACCAAAAAUAUACUGUAUUAAUUAUUUGGUUGGUAAACUAGCUUGUUCUGCCUCGAUAGCAAGCGUUAUUAUUCCAGCUUUCAAUUACACUUUUUAUUUUUUGCACAUUAUUUUUAUCGUUUGGUCUUACAUGUAUCUCAUCAAAAAAUGCAUUCUGUCCAAUGAGAACAGGAGCAAGUUCAUGCAAACAUGUCUGCCACACUUAUUAUGUUUAAAUGUUGUUGUGAUAUCUCUGCUUUUUGAUUUGUUGUACAUGAGAUUCGGCUCAAAGACGUUAUCACAAAGUGUCCAGAAUUUCAUGGCGAUGGAAUUUCUGCUUAUUCCUCCGAUCAUCAAUCCUCUCAUAUAUGGUUUCAAAUUAACAAAAAUACGUAAAAGAGUUAUGCAGAUUUUAUCUUGGGAGAAGUAAUAUGUGAGCAGGAGAAAGAAAGUUGAUGUAUAUUAUGAUCCGCCUCUUGUUGUUUUGUACAGAAGUGCAAAGAUUAGUAGAAUGUCGUAGCCUAUGACAACUAUGUGACUGUUUUCAACCUCUAGUAUAUCACUCUGUCAUGACAACACAAAGAGGUUGGGUUUUUCUGCUUGGCUUAAACUUAUUUAUUUGAUGUAAAUGGGUAUGAUAACAACUCAAAUGUAGUGAAGAUCUACAGAGUUAAUUCAAUUGUUUCUAAUAUAACUUGUUCUGCCUCCAUUGCAAAUGCUGUUAUUACUGCAUAAUUUAUACUUUUUGUUUAGGCCAUUUUAUUUUUAUAAUUCAAAACAAUUUGUGACAUCCAAAGAAAACAGGAGUAAGUUCAUGCAAAUACGUCUGCCACAUUUAUUUUGUUACUGAGAGAUACUGUACGUGUUUUUUAAGCUGUAAACUAAAUGAUAUGACUGUUCUGUGAUGGAUAUAAAAUGACUGGUCCUUUAAUAUCACAUUUCUUGUCAAAUUUAUACAAAUGUGGAAUUUCAUGGGUUGAAAGCCACCAAGCCUUUCAAUAGGAAGUGAAUCACAUAAGAGAAACACAAGCUUAAGGUCCAAACAACUGAAAUACAAAUCCAAGUCUAAACAAAGAAUUCCAAAAAGUCCACAACAGAUAUAACAAAACAAUCUUUCAAGAGUUCCAAAAAAGUCCAAAGUGUUCAUGAGAGUUUUCACAAAGAGUACAGGGAUAUAAUGGCAACACAAUAUCUCCUUAUUUCCUCCAAUAAUCCAGACAAUAAUAAUUUAUGAUACUACCAUCAAAAAUUUCUUAGCAGCGAAGGGACCCUCCACCCGUGUGG